ACCUGAUGACGUAUGAUACGCCACCUUUUACUUCAGCCGUUAUUUCACCGCCCAAAGGUAUAAAUGCUGUUUUCGAGGGGGUUUUGCACGGACAGGGUAGAGCUUUGAACAGUAAAUUGAUUUUAGGGGGUCAGUUUGAUUUAGAUGAAAACCACGAUCUAAUUAACCUUGGUGAUGUUUACGAUCCGUGCUGAUCAGAGUCGGUUUAUUGUUGAUUCUUGCCGGAGAUGCUUGGGGCUGUCCCUCAGCGCGUAGACUGGGUAGUUAAUCAGGGUCCAGCCUAGUAGCACGCACAGCCACCGCCGUAUGGUGCCACCGGAGUGGUCUCUCCUGUCGGUCUCUCCUGUGCAGUGUGCAUUGAAUUCACUCUGAUUGAAGAUUUUGUGUCCAGAUUAUCAAAGCUGUGUCAGUGAGCACAUGAACUGACACCGGUAUUCGACUGCAUUUGCAUUGCUAAAAAUCUAUCUUGGCAGGUGGACGGCAAGAUUGUGGAGCGGUACGUUCAGUCAUCACUGAAAAGAGAUAAGGAAUGGACCGAUAGCGAAAAGGUCGAGCAGAGAACUUCACCAGGUGUUCAUGUGGAACAGAGAACAGCAUUAUGACGGAAACUGCUAGCUCCGAUGGUUUAUGAGAAUGUAUGCAACUCGCCGCGGAUUUUCCGGCUUGUGGCUUGUGUUGACGACGCUGCUAGGGAUACAGCGCCUGUGUGCAGGCUCCCAUUGGUCAGGUUGGUCGGGAUGGAGCGGAUGUUCCAGAACGUGCGACGGUGGGGCAUCGUAUCAACUUAGACGCUGCACAGAUUGGAGCUGCCAAGGGGCUUCCAUACGAUACAAAACUUGCAAUUCCAAGCCAUGCCCAGAUUCGACAGUUGACUUUCGCGGCCAGCAGUGCGCAGCGUAUAAUGACGUACCUUACUACAACCAGCUCUACCAAUGGGAAGCGUACCACGAGCCACGUGACCCUUGCUCUCUCCGGUGUAAACCUAAGGGUCAUGAUUUUGGUGUUAUGUUGGCCCCGAAGGUUUUAGAUGGCACACGAUGCAACCCGACUUCACUUGACAUGUGCAUAAAUGGAGAAUGCAGGACUGUUGGCUGCGAUCAUGUUCUGGAUUCUAAGACAGUGGUGGAUGCGUGUGGCGUUUGUGGCGGAGACAGCUCAACUUGUCAACAGACACGACAGACGACACGUUUCCACUGGCGGGAAGCCGACUAUUCAGAGUGCUCAGUAACCUGUGGUGUAGGUUACAGGGUAACCUCCACCGUCUGUGUGGACACAUGGCGGAAUCAAAUCAUCCACAGUGGAUACUGCGAGCUGAAAAACAAACCCAAACUUAGAACGCAGAUUUGUCAAGCUCCAUCUAGUUGCAUCCCUGUAUGGAAAACAGAAGAUUGGCAGGCGUGCAGCAAGUCGUGUGGCGGAGGAACGGCGGUGAGAAAGGUUUACUGCGUGCGCGAAUUAGAAAAUGGGAAAUUUGACCGUACAGCGGACAAAAUGUGCACAGGAAGUAAACCUGCCAAUAAACAAAGUUGCAAUGUCCAGGAGUGUCCGCGUUGGUAUGCUGGACCAUGGUCACUGUGCUCCGUGACGUGUGGCACUGGGGUCCAGUACCGUGAAGUGAUCUGCAAGCAGGUUGAUGACCUCCAGUGCAGUAUAGAGGACAAACCCAUCAGUGCCCAGGACUGUGAUACACAGACUUCCUGUAUUGGGGAAACAGCCGAGACGAACGACCGAUCAGGGCAAGAAACCGUCGAGGCGUCUUACAGGCUGCCGCGAGUUUUUGAUGAUAAAAAUGCAGUAGAGGAGUUUGACAACUCGGCAGGAGAUCGAGUGAAUGCUAUCAGUGCAUCGGCAGACAAAAAAGAUACCAUGAUGGCGGCGGAUAAACCUGCCCCACCGAUCCAGGCAGACCAAGCUAUUUCUUCAACACCAACGUUUAUAGCUACAGAAUGGGGGCCAUGUAGCACCACAUGUGGCCAGGGGGUGAAGAUACGGUUGGUACAAUGCAAAGUCUACCUGGCUUUCUCCCGUAGUGUCGUGGAUUUACCUGACAGUGAAUGUUCAGAGGCAAAACCACAUGAAAUAGAGCAAUGCAGCUAUGGCAACUGCUCUGCGCUGAUGAUUCCGUUCGAUAACAUCGUUCCUGAGCAAGUUUACUUGUGGAAAAGCCUUAGGUACACGGCUUGCAGUGCCCAAUGUCUAGGUGGCUUUCAAGAAUCCAUAGUAGAGUGCGUCCGAGCAUCUGAUGAUGCUGUAGUUGAAGACAGUAUGUGUGCUGCGUCUCCAAAAUUGUCUUCUGUGACUCGAGUCUGUGGCGAUGGACCAUGCCCGCCAAGGUGGCGUGUAGGAGCGUGGGGGCACUGCUCCACUACGUGUGGGAGGGGCACGCAGACCCGCUCAGUGCAGUGUAUUCAACAGUUGGCGCGUGGGGAAGAUUUCACCGCCGCAGUGCCCGAGGAUUUCUGUCCAGUACCGAAACCAGAGAGCGACAGGGAAUGUAACCUCGCUGAAUGUCCCCCUUUCUGGCAUGUUGGAAACUGGACUACGUGUUCUACACCUUGUGGCGGCGGCCUGCAGAGUCGUAUGGUUAUGUGUCAACAAGUGACUCCCACAGGAUCAAUAAUAAAAGUAACAAAUGAAGCCGAGUGCUUAGAAGAAAGGCCGUUGGCAGAAAGAAAAUGCAAUUCCUUUGAUUGCUUCAAUAAAAUUUUGCCAAAACCUGCCAAAAUUCGCAAAGACUUAUCACAUUAUGUGCAGCUCAAGCCAAUGAAGCGAAUUCUGUUGAUAGUUGGUGGGAAGGCCACCGUUAUUCCGCAGACGACAAUAUUGGUAAGGUGCCCCGUGAAAAAUUACCCACAAUCCGAGGUGGAAUGGACUAAUGAUGGAGCCGUUAUACCAAAAUCAAAUCAUCACUCGAGAUUAGGCCUCAAAGGUCAUCACAGAAUAUUAAGAAUACGUAAAAGCCGGUUAAAAGACGCCGGGAUUUACACGUGCAGUGCAGACGGUGUAGCAGCUGCAAUCUCGAUAGAUUUUCACUCAGAAGAACAAGCGGCAAAAUUACACAGUUUACGCAAGAAAUAUAUGAGAAGCCAUAUAUCGACGGAUGUAAUUUCAGACUCAUGGAAUGAGUACAACGGCAGCAGCUCGUAUAGUUUUGUGACUAGUGACUGGGGAGUAUGUUCCCAGACAUGUGGUGGUAGAGGCAUUCAAAUGACAAACGUAUCUUGUGAAAUGAUUACUGAUACUUCGUAUAAAAUAUUACCACAACAAAUGUGCUUAGACGCUGGUCUUGUGAAGCCCCGAGAAUCCCGUGGGUGUGGCUGGGCUGAGUGCCCACACUGGACCCUGGGGGAGUGGAGUGAGUGUUCUAAUGAUACCUGCCUCGGCCACGCUACGGCUACCCAGCAGAUGCAGCUGUACUGCUCGCUCCUAAAUGGAACCUACGUAGACAACGCUAACUGUGAUAGAACCAGGGUACCCAGCACUUCACGACACUGCCACAACCCCCACUGUCACGCUGUCUGGGAGGUGUCACCCUGGACUAAAUGUUCCAAAACAUGUGGUGAGACGGGCAUCAGAAGCCGCAUGUUGAAGUGUGUGUGGUCUGGCAGUGGAAUUCCUGCAGGGAUCAACUGUCGCAAUAUGGACAGACCGCACGCCGCAGUCACCUGCGAAAUGCCAGCAUGUCCUAACGGUACGCAACCGGUCACAUACGAUUGCUACGAUCAGUCCAAAUUUUGCGGCAUGGUUCAAAGAUUAAACAUGUGUAGAUUUAGAGACUACAAAACUCGAUGCUGCUAUUCGUGUUCUUGACAACAUGAUUUCAGCAUGCAACUUCAAGAAGAAAAAUUCAUAUCGGAGCUACUGCCAUACUGGAAUAUUUUACAGAAAAAAAGAUAUUUCAGUUUCAGUGUGAGAGGAAAAACACACUUCAGAUGGUGGUAAUGAUAACAAACGUCAUUGGGAUAUUUAAAAACGGAUAUAUUUCAAUGAUAAAUAUAAAAUCUGAUCUGCAUAUCAUUGUGCGUAGGGAUAGAAACAUUUCUUCAAGAUCCGGUGACGGAAACACACGUCGAUUCGAGAGGAUUGAAAGAUGUAUACAAGUGGUAGGUUUCUACCAAGAAUGUGCUCUUAGACAUAGCAUAUGGCGGGAACUAAAGGAGUCUUAAUGCCUAGCGAGGUUCGGGCAUUUUAAAUCAAUUAAUAGAAACAGUGAACUACAGACACUUGACGACAAAAAGUCGUUUUUCAAAGAAAUGGUUUUAUUUAAAAUCUAAAAUACUUUUAGUAUAUGUGGCUAUAUACACAAACUUACAAGCUAUUUACAAUAUUUUGCUAUACGUUGAUGGCUGUAACAUUUUGCUCAAUAAUAAAGAACAGCAUUGAUGUAAAAAGA